UUGGAUUACAAAAAGACUGCUGCAAACAAUUUAAAUACUUGUUUAUCAGGCAUAGUUUCGGAUCGUCUUGAGGAACACGUUGCUAAGUAAACAUGCCUAUCGUAUAUUGCGGAACUAUUGUGCACACCAAAUCUUUUGAUGAAUUUGAGUCUUUUAAGCAAGGCUUCAUUGCUGUUGACGAUGGAAAGAUAAUUGGCAUUGGCAAUGAUUACCAGAAUUGGUUGGCGACCGCAAAGAUCGAUCCCAAAUCAGUAGCCGAAGUGCGCUUGUCGGAAUUUCAGUUUCUCUCUCCCGGCUUUUGUGACGCACACAUUCAUGCCCCCCAAUAUGCCCAAAUUGGCCUGGGCAUGAGCGUUCCUCUGCUGGACUGGCUAAAUAAGUACACAUUUCCCACUGAAGCCAAAUAUGUUGACCAAGAAUUUGCGCUGGAGAUCUACAGGGCUGUUGUCGAAGCUACGCUACGCUGCGGCACCACAUUGGCCUCCUAUUUUGCCACCAACGACUUGAGUUCCACGCUGAUUUUAGCCAAGGAAGCGGCACGUCAGGGUCAGCGGGCAUUGAUUGGCAAGGUCUGCUCCAAUUGCAACAGUCCCGACUACUAUGUAGAAUCGACGAAUGUAGCGGUUGAGGGCACCGAGGAAUUUGUUGCGGCAAUACGCAAGCUGGGGAAUCCCCUGGUGCUGCCCACAAUAACGCCGCGUUUUGCGCUUAGCUGCAGCAAGGAGCUGUUGCAGCGACUGGGCGACAUAGCCAGGAGCCAGGAUGUGCAUGUGCAGAGUCACAUUAGCGAGAAUCUGGAAGAGAUUCAAGUGGUGAAGGAUAUUUUUAGAACCAGCUAUGCAGGCGCCUAUGAUGAUGCAGGACUGUUGACCAAAAAGACUGUCAUGGCGCACGGUGUGCAUCUGGAGGAUGACGAAAUCGCAUUGCUUCGAGAGCGUGGAACCGCCAUUAUACAUUGUCCUGCUUCCAAUACGAAUCUUAAUUCGGGCCUGUGCGAUGUACAACGUCUUAUCAAAGCGGGUGUAAAUGUGGGCCUAGGAACUGAUGUGGCUGGAGGAAAUUCCAUAUCGAUUCUGAAUGCCAUACAGCGGACUUUGGAUGUUUCCAAGCAUCUGGAGUUUUUCAAGAAGCAGCACAUUUGCGGCACGGGCACAGCCAAAGUGCAGGAUAACGACUACCAGCAGUUGUCCUACAAACAGGCUUUCUAUUUGGCCACCUUGGGUGGGGCUAAGGCAUUGGCACUGGAUCACAUAACCGGAAACUUUGCUGUUGGCAAAGAUUUCGAUGCUCUUCUGGUGGACGUAAGCGUGCUGGAGAAACCACAUCGUACGCUCACCGUAGACGAGCUAUUGGAGAAAUUUAUCUUUACUGCCGACGAUCGCAACAUAACAGCCGUAUUUGUGGCUGGCAAGCGGGUCAAGGGUUGAAAAGGAUAAUCCCAAUAAGAAAAGAAUCCGUUCUAACAGUACCACUUCACAGAGAAAUGCAUAGAGAAUUUAUUACUUAGCUUUGUGUAUUAUGUAUGGAUUUCGAUUUAAAUGCUGAAAAUAAAAGGGUUUGUUUUGGGUUAACAAUAAA